AUGACCUCCAGUGGAACAGUCACUCUCCUACCACCUGUGAAGAGUGUGGUAGUUUACCGGAAUGGAGACCCUUUCUUCACAGGGAGGAGGUUUGUGGUGAACCAGAGGCAGGUGGCAACCAUGGAAGCCUUCCUGAACGACGUGACGCUCAGUAUUCAGGCCCCGCUGGCAGUGCGGAACCUCUACACACCGCACCGCGGCCACCGGGUCACCGACCUGAACGAGCUCCAGUCAGGGGCCCAGUAUGUGGCUGCUGGCUUUGAGAGAUUCAAAAAGCUGGACUAUCUGAACACUGGACCGAAGAGGUUUCCUGCAUGCCGCGGAGAAACUCAGGCAAGAGCACUGAACAGACCAAACGUGUCUGCGAAAUGGAGGAAAGUCGUGACUCUGCCCUGUAUCUUUCAUGUGUUUCGAAAUGGGGACAUCCUUACCCCUGCGAUGCGGUUCAUUAUCCCCAGGACUAUGCUGCGAGAACUGGAGCAGAUCCUCAGUCUAAUUUCAGAGAAGGCUUGUCUACGAACAGGGGCUGUUCGCAGGCUGUGCACCCUGGACGGUGUCACGGUGACUUCCGGAGAACAGCUGGAGAAUGGCCAGUAUUACGUUGCUGUGGGAGCAGAGAGGUUUAAGAGGCUUCCUUACGUGGAGCUUAUGGUUACCAAAGGAGGCAGUGCAGACAGAUUUUAUGCGGCAGAGAGAAAGCUGCAGAAGAAAAGUCAGAACAGAAAAGGCGGUCCCCAGGAUGUCCACAGUGACUCUGCCCUGCUGCACUCUCCUGAGACAGAAGGGCGGCGGGUGAAGUCCACAGGAGAUGGCGUGAACAACGCUGAUCCUUUCCAGUCCGUUCAGAGGAGACUAGCGAAGAACGGGAAAGAGGAGAGCUCCGUCUUCUACUCCAAACCAGUGAGAGUUCGCAAACAAAAGGUGGCAGCCAGACCUUUACCCAAAGCUGGAGAGGCCCAGUCUCAUGUAAUGAGGAGCAGGAGAAGAGAGGAGGUGCAGGGGUCUGAGGAGGUACUUGGGGAUGAGAACCCGGCGGUAGAUCCACCUGUUGAACAGAUGGCAGCUAAAAUAGUUGAUGAUGAAGAGAACAGUGAAACAGAACACAACCAACAGACAAAAGUAUCUGGUGAAGAACACGCACCCACCUCACGCUCUGGACAUUCCAGCCCGUCACCUAGGAAUGGAGAGGAAAACACAAAGGAGCCUGAACAAGACACCUAUCUAUUGGCAGCCUCAGGGCAGUUGACCACAGGAGGGCAGCAGGUUGACACUUGGGAGGCAGAUAAGGAGACACUGCAGGACGGAAGUCUCUAUGAACAAGAGGCAGAGAGGAUCGGUCAUCCUAGUUUUCUGUAUGGGACAGUGGGUGAGGACAAGCCUGCCGCCAUCUCAAAGACAGACUGA